CUAUCAUUCCUGUUCUGUGGCUUCUAUGUUGCUAAAUUUUUUAAGCGAACGUGUUUGCGGUACCCGGUUUUCCUGUGUUUGAAAGAUCGGCCGUUGUUAAUUCAGUGUAAACGUUGAUUGUUUUGGACAGUGUGAAACUAAAAAAAUGAGUAAAGCUCAUCCACCAGAACUUAAGAAGUACAUGGAUAAGAAGAUGUCUCUGAAGCUAAAUGGUGGCCGUCACGUCGUAGGAAUACUGCGCGGCUUUGAUCCUUUCAUGAAUCUAGUCGUAGAUGAGGCUGUUGAAGAACGCAAAGACAACACCAAGAACAACAUUGGUAUGGUGGUGAUUCGUGGAAACAGUGUGGUUCUCCUUGAAGCAUUGGAGAGAGUCCAAUAACACCAUCUUCAGUGCUGCCUGGUGGACGUGUUUGCAACUGUUACUAAUAAUGUGAAUGUGGCAUUUGACAUAGUUUGUAUAACUAUUUAAAAGUACUUGUUUGUGUA